CCAAACAACCGAUUUUUUUGUUGUUUCUUCCGUAAAGUCAAAGAAAAAGAACGGCCACAUGGUGUUCCAUGGAUAUUUCUAAUAACCGAAAUCCAAAUUUGAUUGUUUCUUUCCCACAUUUACGCCAGGAAAUUAGUCUGUCAAAAUGCUUGUGCAGGAAAUGAUUUUCUUUGGGGUGGUUUGUGUCGUCUGCCAAGUCAAUGGACUACCGAUCGUUAGCAGCUCCAAAGAAACAGGAAUUGAAAACAAAGAUCAAAACUUUCUGAAUAAUUUGAAGAGUUACCACAUAUUCCCUCACUGGGUUGCUGAAAUUGGCGAAAUCUGCCUGUUCGCCAUCGAUUUCGCUUGGCAUCACGAGCUCACUGAGCACAUCCAAGAAGUUGGCUCCGAAGUCAGCGAAAUCAAUUCCAAAUUGGACGCCAUUUUAGCCACAUCGCCGGCAGCAUCUCGGUUAUUUUCCCAGUUGAAAAAAUCAUCUCAUCAUUCAUCACCUGACGAGAAUCGACGUUUCAUUUGGGAUUACCAUUCAUCAACUCCGCCUACCAUCCAACAGCAGAUCGUCCGAUGGAUGAAAAUAAUAGCAGACGACAAUAAAAUAUGAUCCAAUGUUUUUUAACGAUGUAUUCCCCUAUCCGAUUUCAAUGUAAUAAGAAGACAAACAAAAACGAAAGAAA